UCUCCAUUACACAUCCACAUCCAUAUCAUAUUCUCUCCUCUUUCUAUUUUUAAAUCUUAUUCCGAUUAGAUUUAGAAUUUAGAUAUGAAGAUUCUUACAUUCUCUUUGUUGCUACUAUUUAUUACCACUAUUUCUUUGGCCGUUGCCGAGCAAUGCGAGGCCGAUUCCGGCGCGCUGAGCCGCGCUAGCUUCCCCGAGGGGUUCGUCUUCGGCACGGCAUCCUCGGCGUACCAGGUCGAGGGCAUGGCCGAUAAGGGCGGUCGAGGGCCCAGUAUCUGGGACCAGUUCGUGAAAAUACCAGGUCUUAUUCCGAAUAAUGCUACGGGUGAAGUGACUGUUGAUGAGUAUCAGCAUUACAAGGAAGAUGUGAACAUAAUGAAGAAGAUGGGAUUUGAUACUUAUCGUUUUUCCAUUUCUUGGUCUCGUAUUUUUCCAGAGGGUGCUGGAAAGGUUAAUUGGGUAGGUGUUGAGUACUAUGAUAGGCUCAUAAACUACAUGCUUGAGCAAGGGAUUACUCCUUAUGCGAAUCUCUAUCACUAUGAUAUGCCCUUGGCUCUUGAGAAUGAGUAUAUGGGUUGGCUAAGCCCUAGAGUUGUCGAGGCAUUCGCGGACUACGCCGACUUCUGCUUCAAGAUGUACGGCGACAGAGUGAAGAACUGGUUCACAUUUAACGAACCGAGAGUGGUGGCGGCUCUCGGCUACGACAACGGAUUCCACGCUCCCGGGCGGUGCACGGGCUGCCCGCUCGGCGGAGAUUCAGCCACUGAGCCUUACAUUGUCGCCCAUCACCUCCUCUUGUCUCACGCUGCGGCCGUCAAAAGAUACCGCGAGAAAUACCAGACUUGUCAAAAGGGCAAAAUUGGAAUUCUCCUGGACUUUGUGUGGUAUGAGGGUCUCACAAACUCAACUGCUGAUCAAGAUGCAGCUAGGAGAGCAAGGGACUUCCAUGUUGGCUGGUUCAUUCAUCCUAUUACAUACGGGCAAUACCCCGAAUCAAUGAGAAAGAUCGUGAAAGAGCGGCUUCCGAAUUUCACCUGCGAGGAGGUCGAGAUGGUGAAGGGCUCCGCCGACUACAUUGGAAUCAAUCAGUACACGACUUACUACGUCAAAAACUUCCUGAACACGUCGUAUCUCAGCUACUCGAACGACUGGCACGUCGAAUUCCUCUAUCAACGCAACGGCGUGCCUGUUGGACAGAGGGCGCACUCUGAUUGGCUAUACAUUGUACCAUGGGGACUGUAUAAGGCCGUGACUUAUAUUAAGGAGAACUACGGUAGCCCAAUCAUGUUGUUAUCUGAAAAUGGAAUGGACCAGCCCGGGAAUGUGACUCUUCCAGGUGCGCUCAACGACGCUCAGAGAAUCAACUACUACAAGAGCUACAUAACUGAGCUGAAGAAGGCGAUCGACGACGGCGCGGACGUGAGGGGCUACUUUGCGUGGUCGCUGCUCGACAACUUCGAGUGGAGGCUCGGGUACACGUCGAGGUUCGGUAUCGUCUACGUCGACUUCAAGACGCUCAAGCGGUACCCGAAGAACUCGGCCUACUGGUUCAAGAACAUGAUCCAAAGGAAAAAUUAAAUUUUUUUUUUUAAAAUUUAAAUUUGAUUUGAUUUGUUUGGGUGUGUUUUGUAGCUGUUCUAUGUUUUAGGGUUUUAGGAGGGGAGUGUCUACUGAGUUUAGUCCUUUUUAGAUUAGAAUAGCAGGGGAUUUUGAAUAAACCUAGUGAAAUAGUUUUUAGUAGUCUCUAUUUUUUUAAAAAAAUAUUUAUUCAAUUGUGAAGAGAUGGGAUUUGGAAUUAAUAAAGUGUUGAAUUUGGUUGGAUUUUAA